AUGAAAACAUCUCAACCUUUAAUUAAUCCAAUACAUGUUUCUAUGGAUGACUCUAAUCUAACAACUCAAAUGACCUCAACUAAUGCGCCCGUCCACGCUCUUGAUUCCACAAAAACCACAAGGCCUUGGUGUAAUAGAGCGGAACUUGAAAAGGUCAUGCAGUCUAUAUUGAAUUUACAAAAUAGCAUGGAAGAUUUAGAUAUUCCUAUGGACCCAGACGCACAAGCCACCGUUACUGACUUCCUUGACUUCACAGAGUAUCUACCUUCGGACAUUAUUCGGUCCCUUACCCUAGUCGGCAAUCUUGACCAGAGCUAUUGCACUGCCUCGAAGAAUGUUCAUGAUCUUACCAAAAAAUAUGGUUCUCUUCCGUCUAUGCCUGCCGAAAGGCGACUAGAUCCUGUGGACCUGCGUGCGGACAUUUCAAGGAACCUCGAUGAUGCAGCAAAAGCUCGCACCCUAGCGCAUGCUGAAGCAUGUCGUAUGUUAACAAUCGUGCGACGACAUCACAAUCGCAUCCAAGAUAUACUGGUUAAGUUGCGUGAUAUAGCGGAUAAUUAUCCCACUCAGGAAAUCACUGUAGCAUCAACCAAACCCAAACCUCCUACGAUUCGUACGCCGAAACCCCGGUUGCAAUCAGACGCACCCACAUCCGAAAAUCGUCCACGAAAAAAAUGCGCCCUCAGGAUCACAGUUCCGGGGGAGGUUCUCGCACCCUACGAGUGUGACUAUCCGUCAUAUACCGAAGAAAGUGAUAAUUAUGAUUCGGAAGAGGUUUCACCUAUCGUAAUGGAGGCUACAUUAUCAACCGGAGGCCAAUCUCGCCCAAAGCCGAAAUUUAGGAUAUCGGGCAAGGGUAGGAAAAAAGAGAAAGAAUCUCGCACCCCCCGCGUACCGGGGAUGAUGGGAACGAAUGUUCACAGCUCCAUCGCAGGCAUAUCGACGAGCAACGCGCUAGCCCAACUUCAGCCCCCGCCACCUGAUGCCAAACCCGGCGAUAAAGAUCUUCCAUGGUUACAAUUAAACGCAUGGGAACUUGCCAAGUUGCGGAAGAGGAUGAAAAAAAACGCCAUAUGGAGCCCGAGCGACACUAUGAUUGCACGCGAGCUUAAAUCUCUCGGUCGUGGGAUUGAGGCCUAUAGAAUAUCUAGGCAACGAGCAGAGGAAGCUGGUAUAUAUUUUGACAUAAAUGAGCCCCCUCAGAUCCGAGGCGAAACAGUGCAUGGCGAAGGUGCUAUCAGUGUAGAAGCCAUACGAAACUUCGAGCCCCAGGUCUUUAAUCGGGGAAUGAAAUUGAAUGAGAUGAAGAAGCAGAGGAGGGACAAAGAGCUAGCUCUAGCAGCCGAGGAGGCUGAGGAGGCCGCAAGACAGGUGGCAGCCUCCGCCGAAGCUAUGAAGGAUCUAUUUCACAUGAAUAAAGAGCCAACAGUAAUGGCCAAUGCUCUAAAGAAAGAAAUGAAAAUAGGCACAAUAGUAGAAACUCCUGAGAUUUUAAUGCAAGAUAAUCCUCACGAUAAAACCCUAGGUCCGAUUAAAGUCACAGUCAUUCCUUCUUUGCAGUGCUCGAAAAAAAACAUACCUGAAGGCAUAACUCGCCAUAUAACUCAUGACAUAACCACUGGCACCCCUCGAGAAGCAUCCGAAGAUGUAAUCAUGACUAAUUUCCAGGAUAGACCUCAGGAUCCAAUUCAAGAAGCCAUACAAUGUAAGCUCCAAGACUCAGCUUCAGAAGAUCCUCACGAAAAUCUUCGAGGUAUAAUACAAAUCGAAAAUCCGGAUUUCCUAGAAACUCCCAAAAAGAAUAUUCCUAAAAAAAUCCAAGGUCGAAAGAGGCAUGUGACUAAGGGUUUAAAUGAGGAUAAACGCCACGAGGCACAUCGAACAUCUCCCAAAGUUGUAAUUCAAGAUUUGCUACAUGACAUAUUUCCUGAAAGGCUUCAAGAAAAGCUCCAAUACGUAAUUCGAGACAAGUCUAAAGAAUUCAAUAAUAUAAAUUAUGAUGGGUCUGUAGAUGAAGUCAAGGAUACAUUGAGAGACGUAACUUAUGAAGGUUACCAGGAUCGAACUCAGGAUAUGUGUCAGGAUCACUCUCAACCUGAAAUCCAGAAUAGGCUCCAAGAUGGAACGAAAAAUAAUUCCAGCCACGAAACAAGAGAGGUGGUACAACACGAAGUAAAAAAUGAGUCUCAAGAUGCAGAAAAUAAGGACCUAAAAAUAUUGCUUCCGAAUCAGGCCGAAGAUGCGUCUCAAGGUCAGAUUCAUGACAAAGUUUGCGACACGAUUCUGAAACAUACUGAAGUUAACACUCGUAGCUCACUCGAAGGCUUGCCUCAAGUCUCAAGAAUGGGAACACUCGAAGAUGAUAUGCAUGAUACGAUCCCUAGCAACUGGAAAAUAGCAAAUAAAUUUAUGCCCCAACACACAUCCACUCCUUUAUCCCAGAAUGAAACCUUUGAAAAGCUCCACUGCAUAAUUACCGGCACUAUUCAAAAUGCAAGGAAUGAUAUUGAUAAAAUGAAUUCUUUAGACCAAGCUCCAAAAAAGGCCUUAGAUAUAUCUCCUAAUCCAAUUCAGCAUAAUUUUUUGGAAAAUCCUCCAGAAAACCUGUCUUAUAUAGACCAAGAUAAAAUUCAACAAGAUACUUCAAAUGAGUCGCUCGACAGAGAAAGGGGAACCUUUUUGGAAAAUCAUCGAGGAAAUACAUGUGCUACAGACUAUAAUUUGAUUAAGGGAAAAUCGCUCGAUAAAAUCCAGGAAACUACUGCGGAGAAACAUCAAGAGAAUAUAUUCGCUGAAGAAGAAGAUAAAAUUCAAGAAAAGCCUAUGGGUGUGUCAUUUGACAAAACCCAGGAAACCAUCAUAGAAAAGUUGCAAGAAAAUUCAUUUAGUGCGGACAAAAUUAGAAUUUUAGAAAAUCCCCUAGAUAACACGCAAAAUAAAAUUGAAGAACAUGUCGGAGAAAACCUUCAAGAGGCCACACUAGCUACAGACUCAGUCGAAACUCAAGAAAAUCCGCCUGACGAAACCCAGGAAAUCGUUACAAAUCAAUAUAAACCUCAAAAACAGCUAUAUGAUAAGGCGUUCGAUAAAACCCAGGAAACUGUUGUAGAGAAAUACCAAGAGAAUAUAUACAUUGUAGAAGAAGAUAAAAUUCAAGAAAAGCCUAUGGGUGUGUCACUUGACAGAGCCCAGGAAACCAUCAUAGAAAAGUUGCAAGAAAAUUUAUCUAAUGCGGACCAAAUUAGAAUUUUAGAAAAGCCCCUAGAUAAAAUGCAAAAUAAAAUAGAGGAACAUGUUGGAGAAAACUUUCAAGAGGCUAUACUAGCUACAGACACGAUCGGCUCACAAGAAAAGAUGCCCAAUAAAACUCAGGAAAUUGUUACCAAAGAGAGACAAGAUGAUUCAUCAGCUAUAGACCAAGAAGUAAUCCAAGAAAGCAAUUCGGCUGUAGAGCAUGGAUUAGAGGUCAAGGAACCCUCCAUCAACCAAAAAAAGUCAAAAAAAACGAUAUAUAACGUGGCUGAGGUUAAAGAUCAAGCAAACAAAGGGGUUACAAUGAAUAUUCCGGAUAAAAUAUCUGUCAAAAAGCGAAAAAGGGAAGGCGAGGAGGAAAAUAGAGUCGAAACUAUAGCUGGAUCAGAAGAGUGUAAGGCUUUACAAAAGAGAGCUAAAUCCGGGACACACUCUAUUUCUUCAUUGAAAACGUCAUCCAAAAAAGUCACAAAGAUUGAGCCUCAAUCCAUAUCCACCUCACUUACCUUGCUCGACGAAGACCAUAGCAUAACGAUACAAAAUAAUUCUCAUGUCAAAAGAACCUCUUCAUCUCCAAUGAAAUCACCUCGAAAAUCCUCAAUCCCUAUUUCUUCUCCCAUAAAAGACUCUAGGAAGUCUUUAAAGAGAGAUUUUAGAAGUGUAGAGGUCGCACCAAAUUUUCAACCCACUCACACAUCAGAUACAUCUUCUCCCGUCACACCUCUACCUCCUGUAACUGAAGCCCCCUCCAUUAAACGACAUUCUACAUCUCGUAGCCAGAAGUUGGGUCUUGACGCAGGUAUACUAACCGCAACUGCAACAAUUGAUCGCCCACGUCGAACUAGUACCGCUCGCACUACUCCUGCUCCCGAUUCUCGCAGCCAUGGUAAACGCGGUAAACGACCUGAACUCAACGUCAUCACCACAAGCUCAGGCACUCCAAUAGCUAGUAAUGCUAGUAAACGAGGUUCUGCGACACGAAAAAAGCCAGGCAAUAAAAAAGAUAAAAGAGAUGGGCGCGAAAGUAGGUUUUCGGAUGAAAUCUAUGACGAAAUUGAUGAAGAAGGGAAUCCAAUUGAUCCUGAUGAGCCCCGAUACUGUCACUGUAAUCGGGUUAGUUUUGGAGUAAUGAUUGGCUGUGAAGGUUCAAAGUGUGAAAAGGAAUGGUUCCACCUAGAAUGUGUUGGCUUAUUAGAUAUUCCUCCUCGGACAACCAAGUGGUACUGUCCUUCAUGUAGGGUCGCCUUGGGAAUCGGUGAGAGAGGCGAGGUUAACGCUCGCGGCAUCAAGAAGUAA